GCAAUCUCUGCUUCCCACCAGUGUUGUGUUGAGUGUUGACUUCUUGCGACCGGAGGGAAAUAAGUCGUUCAGAUUCAGCUCAAACCCCAAAACAAUAAUUGUCCCCACGCAGCUCACACGUCAAAGCAGGGAAAAGAGUCAAUCACGCCAUCAGUCAAUGGGAAAGAGGUGAAAAUGUUUAGCUUCGAGGGCGAAUUCAAGACGAGACCCAAGGUAUCACUCGGAGGAGCAAGUAAAAAGGAAGCGAAAGCAUCCCUGCUGCAUCGCACUCAAGAAGAAAGAAGAAAACGAGAGGAUGAGAGAAAGCGACUGAAGAGCGCCAUCAUCAUUCAGUCCUAUGUACGUGGCUACCAAGAUUUGAAACGACAGUAUGCAAUACAGAGGGCCACUUUUGACGAGUGCGCCAACCAGACACCGCACAUUUUGGAAGCGCCCACUCUCAGUCUGUUGUCGAGGCGGCUCAUCUUUUUCUACAGACAGAGCGUGGAUGCAAAUAGAUUGAUAUGGCUGUGCCAGAACCUGGUGAAACACAACGCUCAGUUUGUUAAAUUUCUGGUGGGUCCGCACAGGCAGACGUGUAUGUUUCAGAUCAAGAGGAUCCUGGGGUUUUGCUGCAGACUCCUUCAGAGCUGCGGCGACGACAGCUUAAACGUGGCCGUUCCCAUGCGGAUGUUAGAAAUCUUCUCCUCGGAGGGAGUCUACUUGCCCGUGUUGGCCGACGCCAGCCACGUGGCGUCAACAGUCGAGCAGAUUUUGCACUAUAUGGUCCAGAAAGGAUACUACAGGUCGCUGUACGUUUUGGUGAAUCACCGCCUCCCUCCCAGUCUGGAGUUCACCAACUCUCCUUCCAUUCCCUUGGCAAGCACACUAUUGGAGCACAUCCUCAAACCUUUGCACUUUAGCUACUCCUCCUGCACAGCGGGCGCCAGGCAUUUUGUCUUCUCCGCCUUCACCCAAGAGUUCAUUUCGGCGCCCUUCACGGAGCAGAUCUUUCACUUCUUCAUCCCGGCCUUGUCAGACACACGGCUGGCCUUCCCCUUCGAGGCCUUUCUCAGCUCCCUCCAGGACACCGUCACCUCUUCCCCCGUCGCUCGGAACCGCGCGCCCUGGAUAUUUUACUUUGUCCUUUCCGCAGGAGAGAACUGCUUAGGUGGGUCGCUUUCAAAAGAAGGCCUGCUGCUAUAUCUAAGUGCUCUCCAGACGCUGCUGCCUCUUUUGCCCGUAACUGAGAGCUGCAGCCGGCCCGAAGUGGGCAGCGAUUCGGAGGACGAAGACGACGCCGUCGUGCACCCGCCGCCCAUGAAGGAUGACAGUCACAUCUCCCUGCAGCUGAUCACCGACGAAUGCGUGCGCAAGCUGGACACCAAACAGCAGACCAACACGCUGCUCAACCUGGUGUGGAGGGACUCGGCGAGCGAGGAGGUGUUCACCAUGAUGGCGUCCAUCUGUCACACGCUCAUGGUGCAGCAUCGCCUUCUGGUUCCCAAAGUCAGACUUCUGUACAGUUUAGCCUUCAACGCACGUUUCCUGCGGCAUCUCUGGCACCUGAUCACCUCCAUGACGACCAAAAUGAUUACCGGCUCCAUGGUUCCACUGCUACAGCUGAUCUCGAGAGGCUCGCCCAUGUCCUACGAAGACUCCAACCGCAUCAUUCCGCUCUUCUACCUCUUCAGCUCCCUCUUCAGCCACUCGCUCAUCUCCGUGCACGACAGUGAGUUUUUUGGACACGAAAUGGAAGGUCAGAGGCAAUCGUCCAUGAUGCCUUUCACCCUUUUGGAGCUGGUGACUCUCUCCCGCUGCCUGAGGGACGCGUGCCUCGGGAUCAUCAAGCUGGCCUACCCCGAGACCAAGACGGAACACCGCGAGGAGUACAUGGCGGCCUUCCGCAGCGUCGGCGUCAAGACCAACACGGAGGUGCAGCUGCGCAUCCAGGCCGAGCAGAAACACUGGGUGCAGCUCUUUAAGGUCAUCACCAACUUGGUGAAGAUGUUGAAAGCUCGCGACAUCCGACGACCUUUCUGCCCGUCAGGUCACUGGCUCUCUCAGGAGGUCAACAUCCGAGCUGACAAGGUCACUCAACUCUACGUGCCGUCUGCCCGACACGUGUGGAGAACGAGAAGGAUGGGCCGCAUCGGACCCCUUCAAUCAACACUGGAUGUGGGCUCUGAGCCGCCACAGCUGUCCGUGUCGGAGGAAAGACAUCUGGCCAUCCUCACCGAGCUCCCUUUUGUUGUUCCCUUCGAGGAGCGAGUCAAGAUUUUCCAGAGGUUAAUCUACGCCGACAAGCGAGACGUACAGGGGGACGGGCCCUUCUCCAACGGCAUUGUCGUCACCAUCCGACGUAACUACAUCUACGAAGACGCCUACGACAAACUCUCGCCGGAAAACGAACCAGACUUGAAGAAAAGAAUCCGGGUGCACCUGCUGAACGCCCACGGUCUGGAUGAGGCGGGUAUCGACGGCGGCGGGAUCUUCCGCGAGUUCCUCAAUGAGCUCCUGAAGUCCGGGUUCAACCCCAACCAGGGGGUCUUCAAGACCACCAACGAGGGCCUGCUGUAUCCCAACCCCGCCGCCGAGACACUGGUGGGGGAGUCCUUCGCGCGACACUACUACUUCCUCGGCAGGAUCCUGGGAAAGGCUCUGUAUGAAAACAUGCUGGUGGAGUUGCCCUUUGCCAGUUUCUUCCUGUCCAAGCUGCUGGGCACCAGCGCCGACGUGGACAUCCACCACUUGGCCUCUCUGGAUCCGGAGAUGUACCGGAAUCUUCUUUUCCUCAAGAGCUACGAGGGCGAUGUGGAGGAGCUGGGUCUCAACUUCACCGUGGUCAACAACGAUCUGGGAGAGGCUCAGGUGGUGGAGCUAAAGCCAGGCGGGAAGGACAUUCCCGUCACCACGGCCAACCGCAUCGCGUACAUCCACCUGGUGGCCGACUACCGGCUCAACAAGCAGAUCCGGCCGCACUGCCUGGCCUUCAGGCAGGGCCUGGCCAACGUGGUCAACUUGGAGUGGCUGCGCAUGUUCGACCAACAGGAGAUCCAGGUGCUGAUAUCUGGUGCCCAUGUGCCAAUUUGUCUUGAUGACCUGAAAAAGUUCACCAAUUACUCAGGGGGCUACACGGCCACCCACCCUGUCAUUCAGAUCUUCUGGGAGGUGGUGGAAGGCUUCACAGACGAGGAGAAGCGCAAGCUGCUCAAGUUCGUCACCAGCUGCUCCAGACCCCCUCUGCUCGGCUUUAAGGAGCUGUACCCGGCGUUCUGCGUCCACAACGGCGGCACCGACCUGGACCGGUUGCCCACGGCCAGCACCUGCAUGAACCUGCUCAAGCUGCCCGAGUUCUACAGUCAGCACCAGAUGAGGAACAAGCUGCUCUACGCCAUCGAGUCAUCAUCCGGCUUCGAGCUAAGCUGAGGCUACGGCGUGCACUGAAUUUGCUGAGGUUUUUUUUGGGGAGGGGGGUUGUGUGUGUAUGCGUGUGUGCGUGCUGAAUGCGUGUGGAGCGCCAGUGGACGACCAGCCUCGCUUAAAUAGGGCAUAGUCGCUAUUUAAAAAAAAAAAAAUUUUUUUCUUUCAGUUAAAUUCAAAUUAGCUCAUCAGGAAACAAAAACAACGAAUGGUCAUUUUUCUACUGCACGCCUACUUUCUGUUGAUUCUUUUGCGCUGGUAUGACGAGUAUUCGCCUGAUCACUAAUUGACACUAACGCAAUCGUAAAGUUGGAAUUCCAUUUCAGAUUUUUUUUUUUUUUUUUUUUAGGAAAAAACAGGGUAGGAAACUCGGCCAUAGAUAUAAAACAAAGAAAUGUUGAGACAGUCAAGAACCCCCCUUAUGGGAUUAGAAUUGUUAUAUUUAUCCACCAAAUGGCAUUGCCGCCCCCCCUCCCCAAUGCAGCAAAAUUUCAGUCUUUAGGGUUUCUUCUAUUCACGUUAUAACUCCUUCAGCCUAGAAUAUACAUUAAAAAAAAGAAAUUACAUUUUGGUGUGGAAGUGUUGAAAUCCUCCCAAUAUCAACACAAAAGACUUUGAUUUCGACACGGAUUAGCCUUUCGUCGGAUAUCUUAAUGCUAAUGCGAAACCUAUUGGGGAAACUCAUACAUAACUCUUUAAGCAACCGAUAUUUGAACACAAAGGGCGCAGAUGGGAAUUCACUAUCAUAAUAGCUGCACUCAUAUUCUUUAUCCUCUGCGAGGAUCAUAGAAGAGCUGUAGUUUAGACUGUACAAACAUUCAUGUACAGUAUCUCCAUGUGUCUUUUUUUUUAAUACUUUUUCUCGGUGGCCCAGGCUGGCAGCCGCGUAAUCAUUCAAUUGAUGCAAAGUUUGACACAAAAAAAUGUUUCCAUUCUUUUUAUGUCAUGACUUUCAGAACUAUUUUUUUCUCAGUACAUAAAACAUUUUUUUUUGUAAUUUUUAAUUGAAUGUAUUGAUGGCAUUUCCUUUUAUUUCAGUGCGGAAUGAUGAUUUGUAAUUCAAGUGAUUUCAGUUACAAGUUUGGUCACGAAAUGAUUUAAAUUCAUAUCUAAAGGCGUGCAUUGCACAUUACACAACCAACUAACCAACUAAGACAAAAUAGUGUGGCGAUGUGUUUUUUUUUAAGGCAGGUGAGCCCUAAACCAAGGCUAAUAAUGCUGAGCAGUGCAUAAGCAACAUUAGCGCUUUGUCGUGUAUAUCUUUUUUUCUUCCACCAAAGAUGAAGUGACAUCACAUAGAUUAUAUUUAAAAAAAAAAAAAGGGCAAUACAAGAAUAGAGGGACUGUGAAGUGUGCGCCACAACAGCAUUUGUG